AUCGAAAGUGUUUCCGGUUACAGUCGUAAUGUUUCGCCACACGCGCUAGGAUGGUUUGUUGGUAAACUCGCGAGAAUAUUGUGAAAGUGAAAAAGUGCCUCAGAUUAAUGCCUUAAAACUGUGCUAAACUGUUGUGUGUAGGUGGGAAAAUUGAGUGUUUGGUUUCAUCGGGUUUUUCAUUUGAUUCAAGUUCGGAAACAUGUCCGACCGUCAAUCGCAGGGACGCGCCCGAGCUCGCGGUUAUACUGCCGUAAACUUGUCCCAUGAAGCUCGGGAAGGUCGUGGUCAGGCUCCCGUACGGGGAAGCGGCGUCGGUGUCUCAGGGCCUCGUCCAACCUUCCAGCACCCGGGCGCCGAAGGGCGUGCCAUGACCCAUCGGGAUGCCUCGGCCGGUCGUGGGGCGUCUAGUUCGACCAGUGGAAACGGGAAUGGCAAUGGUAAUGGGGCAGCCGCUGCGGGACCAAGCCGAGGAGCGAUGCGUGGCCGUCGGGGCGUAGCGGAUACGCUCCGCACCCGGGCCCUGGAUGCUCCGUCGAAGCAAGGAACCACCGGACAACCGCUGCAGCUCCAUGCCAACUACUUUAAGCUGCGAAAACACAUCGAGUGGACGCUGUAUCAGUACCGGGUGGAUUUUGCUCCAACGUGCGACAGUAUCCGGCUGAUGCAGGGGCUGAUCAGUCAGCACAAGAAGACCUUCGGCGGAUAUUUGUUUGACGGAACUCAGCUGUUCAUGGUGAACAAACUGCGGAGCGAGCAGUUAUCUUUGGAAUGUCGUCACGAGCGGACGGGAGAAGUGUACCAAAUCAAAAUCGUCCACACGGGGACCGUUGACAUGACUAACGAAACCGGAAUCCAGGUUCUGAAUUUGAUCCUACGUCGUGCCAUGGGUGGAUUGAACCUGCAGCUGGUUGGACGAAAUUUGUUCGAUGCGGCGGCCAAGAUCACCAUCCGUGACUAUCAUAUUGAACUGUGGCCGGGAUACGUCACCAGUAUCCGCCAGCACGAGCAGGACAUCCUCGUGUGCUGCGAGAUCGCUCACAAAACCAUGCGGAUGCAAACGUGCUAUGACAUCCUGCGGGAUUGCCAGCGGCACGACCGAAGCUACAAGGACGCCUUCACACGGUCCGUUUUGGGCGUGGUCGUACUGACCGGAUACAACAACAAAACCUACACCAUCCACGACGUGUCGUUCGAUACGACUCCGUCCAGCACGUUCGAAACGAAAAACGGGAAAAUCUCGUUCAUCGAUUACUACCAGCAGAAGUACAACAUCCGGAUCCGGGAUCCGAACCAGCCGAUGUUGCUUUCGCGCGCCAAGAAGCGCGAUCUGCGAGCCGGUGGCAACGAGCUGAUGGCCCUGGUGCCGGAACUGUGUCAGAUGACGGGCCUCACGGAACAGAUGCGAAGUGAUUUCCGAAUGAUGCGUGCCAUGUCCGAGUAUACCCGCCUCAACCCGGACCGACGCAUCGAACGACUGGAAACGUUCAACCGUCGCCUUCAGACCACCCCGGCGAGCAUUGAAGUGUUCCAGGUGUGGCAGAUGGAGUUGGACAAGCGUCUGGUCGAACUCCCCGGUCGAUUGCUGCCCCAGGAAACGAUCUACUUCUCGACCACGGCGCCGGGAGUUCCGGCUGGUGACAACGCCGAUUGGACCCAGCACUUCCGGAACAAUCCGAUGUUUUCCACCAUUCGACUUGACCAUUGGUACGUGGUCGUGCCGAAUCGAGCCCAGCGGGAGGCUAACGAUUUCCUUGGCUGCUUGAUGCAGGCCGCCCGUGGAAUGCGGUUCGAAAUCCGGCAGUGCGAAUUCGUAACCAUCCCGGAUGAUAAUCCCGGCACCUACGUGCGGAUGUUGGACAACCUGGUGAACAAGGAUCCUCAGCUGAUCAUGUGUGUGGUGACGAAUCAGAAGGCCGAUCGGUACACGGCCAUCAAGAAGAAGUGCUGUGUGGAUCGCGCCGUUCCGACGCAGGUCAUUUGCCAGAAAACCAUCACUCCGAAGGGCGGCAACGUUCGGACACUGAUGUCCGUGGCGACCAAAGUCGUCAUCCAGAUGAACUGCAAGCUGGGUGGAGUACCAUGGAAGGUAAAGAUCCCCCUCAACGGAUUGAUGACGGUCGGUUUUGACGUUUGCCACGACACGAACGACAAGUCCAAAUCCUACGGAGCCAUGGUGGCCACGUUUGACCACGAUAACCGAGGCACCCCGAAGUACUUCUCUACCGUGAGCCAACACGGACAUGGCGAGGAAAUCUGCAACUACCUGCCGCUGAACACGGUCAAGGCCCUCAACGAGUACCGCAAAGAGUACAACGAACUGCCGAAACGUAUCUUCUUCUACCGGGACGGUGUCGGCGAGGGUCAGCUGCACUACGUGUACGAACACGAGGUCAAGGCCAUCGUUGACAAACUGAACGAGAUCUACAAAUCCGCCGGAGCCGAGCAGGACGCCAUGUUCACCUUCUUCAUCGUGAACAAGCGCAUCAACACGAGAUUCUUCGACCGGAAGCACAAUCCGCGGCCGGGAACCGUGGUCGACGAUGUGGUGACCCUUCCGGAACGAACCGAUUUCUACAUCGUUUCGCAGUCGGUCAGACAGGGAACGGUGUCCCCCACCGCGUACAACGUCAUCCACGACACGUCCGGCCUGAAGGUCGACCACCUGCAGAUGUUGUCCUACAAGCAGUGCCAUCUGUACUACAACUGGUCCGGAACGACGCGGGUACCGGCGGUGUGCCAGUACGCCCACAAGCUGUCCUUCCUGGUCGGGCAGUUCAUCCACCAGGCACCGAGCAAUCUGCUCGAGAAGAAGCUUUACUUCCUGUAGUGCUAGGGAGUAUCGCUUCUCAUUCUGUUAAAACCGUUCCCUCCGGCGGGGGGAAACGAUAUUUAUUAUUUUGUUAUUUGACUGGCGUGUAGCCUGGGUGAAGCAAAUUCACCGAUUGUUUAUGUUUACACUUUUCGGACGACUUUAUGAUAUUGUCCUAUGUUCAUUUCAUGUUUUACAUUUUUAUGUAUUUGACUUAUGAUUCCGUUUCUACAGCGCUGGAUUAUAAACAUUGAAAUGACAACUUUUAUGCUUCACGAUGCAAUUUUGUUAUUUAGAGUUAAUAAAAGUUAUCUUCGUUGAUAAUUUA